UCCAAAUCUCUCUCACUUUCUCUCUCUCUCUCUCUCUCUCUCUCUCUCUCUCUUUGAAUUUUUUUUUUCUCUGAAAAUAUCUCAAAGGUUUUAUUGUAAUUAUGAAGGAUUUCAAAUCAAGAGCUUCUGGGUCAAGUCCACCACCUUCCUAUGCUUUAACAGCCGGGGCUUCAUCAAGCUUGGGUAAUCUUGUGACGGACAGGUCUUCAGACUGGACAGAUGAGAAGCACAGUUUGUAUCUCAAGUCUAUGGAAGCAUCAUUUGUAAACGAGUUAUAUGAUAAUAGGCAAAAGCAUUUGAACACUCGUAACCCUUCUGGCCAGUUUAAGGUUCUCCGAGGUGGGUGUUGGCAAAAGGUUAAUUUUAAAAGAGCUGAUUUUCAGCUGAAGAAAGCAGCAGAUGGGUCACGUAGUCUUUUGGCAAAUCCUUGGAUUCAGCAUUUUAGAUCAUCAUGUGCAACCCAAGUUGUAGCAUCUGCAGAUGUCCAAAAAAAUGGUGCAUCCACUAGUCAAGCUUUAGGAUUAGCUGGGAAUAACUCCUACUCCUCCUGUGGAAGAGCUACUUGUAAUUCAAACCAGAUUCAUGCGUAUCAAUUCCAUUCGUGCCAUCAAGAUUUGGUUGACGACAACACAGAGGUAUCAGAUCAGAAUUUUGUUGAUGAUGAAGUUGUUGAAGAAGAAAAGGAAAGCUCUAAGCACAAUGCAAAAAGGAUAAAAUCUAGUACAGCUAGUACUUCUAGCCAUGAUCAGGUUGUUCCUCAUAAUAAGUCUCCUGCAACAGAAGAUGUUGCUGAGAAUUGCAUUUCUGGGGCUAGAUAAUGGACUUGACCAGUGACUGGCAGACACAACAUUAUUGACUCGAGUGAUUAGCACCUAACCAGGGAGAUGGUAUCUUGUGAGCCCGUCCUAGGAGCGCACCUCUCUCAAGCAUGUGGGUCCCAUAGGCGUGGGGCCCACAUGCCUGUGAGAGGUGCAGUCCAUAGGACAGACGCAUAAGAUAAUUUUUCCUAACAAGGAGGUUGUUAACCAAAUUAUGCUUGUGAACAAUGGUGACUGAUUGUAACUAAAGUUUCAAAUGCUAUGUAUGUGUGUGAGAGAGCUAGGAAGAAGAAAGGUUUUGGGGAUUUCAGGAAUUAAUUUUUUCUAUUGGUUAUGUCUAGAAAAGCUGUGUUAUUAGUGUUACACUGUAACUGUGGCCUACUAUUUUUGUGUAUAUAAUUAUAUUUCCAUGCUAA